AUGAACUUUAUAAUUUUGCUGUCCCGUUUGAUUAUUUUGACUGUUGGAUGCAUCCCAACUGUGCCUUCAAGUCACCCAGUUGUGUCAUCCACGUACUACGAGGAAACUACGACGCCAACUGUUCCCACGUCAACGACGCCAGAAAGCACCACGUGUCCCACGACUACUUUCUUCUCAUCCACCACGUCUACCGUCCCGUCAAACACCUCAACGAUUCCAACUACCACGACAACGUCCACUACUACCACUACACCUGUCCCAACAACAACGCCGCUCGGUUGCUGUGCCUACCCAUUCCGAGAAACUACUACAAACCCAGCAACUCCGAGUAGUGUCAACUGGGUUAACUGUUCCAGUAUCUUCAUCCAGUGUCAAAUUACAAAUGAUUUGAACAUGACCGUCAAUCAAGUCAGUAUCGUUGGUAACUGGUCAUCUGCCCUAACGAUGAAUCAAAUCCAAAUAAAUCAGGUUGCUGUAUCAAACUCCACCAGCAGCCAAACCAUCACAGCCACAGUCCAGUGCGACAGAAAUCUGAGAUUGUGGUACGUUGGUAACAGAGCGGAAUACUAUAGCGACUUUGAUUGUUUCAUACGAUUUUUUAAUGGAACUUACCUUCAGUCCGGCUAA